AUGCUCAACCUCCGCCAACUCAACCAUGUCGAAGGUGAAAGCGGCUCGAACUCAGACGCACAGCACUUUUCCCGCUUCUCCGUGAGCUUCAAUGUGCCCUCCGAUUUUCUUGGGAAUAUUGGGGAGCCUCUGGACCACGGUCAAUUGGAGCGGAUGAAAGAAGAUGACAUUGGCGACCUCUGCGUGGCUGAAGAACCUCAGGGCGAGUGCGAACAGCAUUUUGAACCGCAGGCUGGUCCGUCGACUACAUGCCGAGAUGAAUCAACCGAGGUCAGCGUCGCCGGAGUGCAGCGGUCUGUCGAACGCGCAGGCGAAGAGGAAGAUAUCGAGUCAUUUGCAUUUCCGCGCGAAAUGGUGGCUGGACCUUCCACGGCUGCCCGUUAG